UAUCGUAAAAGGAGUCGGAGAGGGAGAGAGAGAGCGAGAGAGGCGAGAGAGCGCGGGGGCGGGUAACAAAGCCGGAGCUCCGCGCCCCCCCUUGGGAUUCCAACCCCCUUUCAAUUUAUUUUCUACGACCACCCUAACCCCAGAGAACCAAAAAAAGAGAGGAGAGCCCCUACUCUCAUGGACUCCUCCUCCUCUCCCUCCUCCGCCUUCGCCUUCUCCUCUCCUCCUCCCAUGGAGAAUCCCCGAUCCCACUCCAAGCCCCAGACUCCGUCAUCCGCCCCCCGGCAUUCGUUCGUUCUCGAGACCACCCCUCGCCCCCUCACCGCGUCCUCCUCCUCUCGCACGAUCUACAGCGACCGCUUCAUCCCCAGCCGCACCGGAUCCAACUUUGCCCUCUUCAACCUCUCCUCCCUGCCGCCGCCCCACCCCGGCCCCCCCUCCUCCUCCGAAGGCGGCCGCGAGGACGGAUCCGGCGCCUACUCCGCCCUCCUCAGGACUGUCCUCUUCGGGCCCGAUCACGGCGUCGCGCCCCCCGCCACCCCCGACCGCUCCUCGCCCCUCGCCGGGCGGCGCUCCUCCUCGUCCUCUUCGCCGUCGUCGUCGUUUUCGACUCCCAGUAGGAAUAUUUUUAGGUUCAAGGCGGAGGUGCCACGGCACUCGCUUUUGGCUGGCUUCGAGGAUGCCCUUCCUGGGUUUGUUCCCACCCCGCCCAAGACGCUGAGGAAGAUCCCGAGAUCUCCGUACAAGGUGCUGGAUGCGCCGGCAUUGCAGGAUGAUUUCUAUCUUAAUCUUGUGGAUUGGUCUUCUCAGAAUGUGCUGGCUGUGGGUUUGGGCAAUUGUGUCUAUCUCUGGAAUGCCUGCAGCAGCAAGGUCACGAAGCUCUGUGACUUGGGUGUGGAUGACAGUGUUUGCUCUGUGGGAUGGUCGCAGCGUGGCACCCACUUGGCUGUUGGCACGAACCAAGGUAAAGUGCAGAUAUGGGAUGCAUCUCGUUGUCGAAGGAUAAGGGCCAUGGAGGGUCAUCGGCUGCGAGUUGGAGCUCUAGCAUGGAGUUCGUCAGUGUUAUCUUCAGGCAGUCGUGACAAGUCAAUUCUUCAACGUGAUAUUCGCGCUCAAGAAGAUUUUGUUAGCAAGCUCAUGGGGCAUAAAUCAGAGGUUUGUGGACUGAAGUGGUCUUAUGAUAACCGUGAACUUGCAUCUGGUGGAAAUGAUAAUAGACUUUUUGUCUGGAACCAGCAUUCAACACAACCUGUACUCAAGUACUGUGACCACACGGCAGCUGUGAAGGCUAUUGCUUGGUCACCACAUCUUCAUGGACUUCUUGCAUCUGGUGGAGGAACUGCAGACCGAUGCAUUCGUUUUUGGAAUACAACCACUAACUCUCGCUUGAGCUGCAUGGACACUGGAAGUCAGGUCUGCAAUCUUGUGUGGUCAAAGAAUGUUAAUGAACUCGUGAGCACCCAUGGGUACUCCCAAAACCAAAUAAUUGUUUGGCGAUACCCAACCAUGUCGAAGCUUGCAACACUAACUGGCCAUACAUACAGAGUAUUAUAUCUAGCCAUCUCUCCUGACGGGCAGACUAUUGUCACAGGAGCAGGUGAUGAAACACUUAGGUUUUGGAAUGUAUUCCCAUCUCCUAAAUUUCAGAACACUGACAGUGAUAUUGGAGCUAGAUCUCUUGGCAGAAGUCACAUCCGGUGACCAGAUGAAGUACUUAUUGGGAGCGGCCCUUCUGCAAAGCUAUCGGUUUUACAUCGUCGGUUGGAAGUUAAAAAUGCUGCAAGGUUGACAAUCGUCAGCAACAGGACACUUGUAUCACGCCAUGCUCAUUUUGCUCCCCAUUCCACCCCUUCCAACCUGAUUAUUGAUCGGACGUUUAAAAGAAAAGGGAAAAAGACGGGGGAUAAAAAGCUGAUGUUUGCUCAAGAUCAGCUUAUUAAUUUGCAAAUUGCAUGUUUCGAUCUCUUUGGUUGAUCAUUGUAGAUAUAUGAUGAUGGUAUGAAUUGCUGGGAAGAAGCAAUUGCUUACACCUUGUAACAUGGAAUGCUAGCAUGUAUCAUGUUUCCACAAAAUACGCCCUGUCAAUAUUCAUUAUAUUUAUAUCCGUCACCCUCUUUUUUGCC